AUGGGUCCUUAUCACUUUCUCAAACCUCACCUUGCUGAAAUGGAAUCCGAGAAAUCUAAAAUCAUUGCACGGGCAGUUAUGAGUCAGCCUCCUCCUCAUUUCUUCACACCACUCCAAAAGAUUCGACAAGGCGGCGGCCUUUCAUACUUGCAGGAGGACAAUUUCUUCGGAGGGGUGAUCCAUGGCGCUAGGGACUACUAUGGGGACGCUCAGUUUCUCAAAAAACUGAACGAGGAGACUUUUGCCAUGAUGCUGUUUAGGGAUGCUUCCUUCCUUCUUGUUUUCCUCGCACACCAUGUAGCCAAUAAGAAUGGCCGACCUUAUCAACAACAAUCGCAUUCACAUGGCGGCAGCCCCUUCCACGGUCUAAAGUCAGGAAAAUGUCUGUAUUUAGAUGUCAUGAAAGAUGUCAUCAAAUUGGAAAAUCAAAUCCCACUUUCCGCCUUAAAGUCACUCCAUGAUUUUAUUGGUGAUCCAAAUCAAAGAUUUGAGUAUUUUGUUGCUCAAAUAUGUUCUUAUUAUUCUCCAUUCUGGAUCCAACCCAGUGAAGAUUCAGAUUUAGUAAGCAAAUUUCAUCUACUGCAUUGCCUCCGUGCCACAGUUUAUAGCAAAAGAAACAGUAAGAGGGUUUACAAAAAGAAACAGGAUCCCAGUCGCCUGUUUGGAUCUAAUGUUCUUCCCUCUGCUUUAAGAUUAAGCAAAGCCGGAGUAAAAUUCAGGCAUUACGAGGGAGGCAUUGAGCAGAUAAGGUUUGACAAGGCCCAGUCUACUUUAUAUCUUCCUGUGUUGAAGAUUGGUAUUAUGACAGAGACGAUCAUUAGAAACUUGAUAGUUUUUGAGUUGUGUUCAUCAGAGACUGAAGAAAAUGGUGUUACUAGUUUUGCUCGUUUGUUGGAGGAGCUGACGGUAGCCGCUAAACACGCUGAGUUGUUGAGAAGAAAUGGAAUCCUUGUCAACUGGGUUGGGGGCGAUGAUAAGAUGGUGGAGAUUGUGAAGAGCUUGAGCAGCUGA